CGCUAUCUGCCCGCCCCUUCGCUGUACCUGAGCGGCACCCAUCGCCAUCUUCCUCAUCACCACUCCCCCAAGUCCAGUGGAGCUACGUGCGUGCGUACGCUCGUUCGUUCGUUCCUUCCUUCCUUCCCCGAAACAAAAAAAAUAGACAGAGAGCCCUCCUGCUCGGUCGCUCUCUGCCUUUGCCUCCGCCUCCGUGAUGAUGAAUUGUGUGUGGGGUGGAAACAGAGACUGUCAGUACCAUGGGUCAAGCUGAUAAGACUUGGCAAAAUUAAAUUGGCACCCUAAACUAGUAAACUUUUUCCUUGUUAUGCUUCCAUUGUUCUCAAUUAAUAGAUAACUCUAUGUUUCCCUCUUCUCCGCAGAAAAUGGCAAUGAUGGUGGAUCCCCCGAACGGCAUGGGAAACCACGGGAAGCACUACUACACCAUGUGGCAGACCAUGUUCGAGAUCGACACCAAGUACGUGCCGAUCAAGCCCAUCGGGAGAGGAGCCUACGGGAUAGUUUGCUCCUCGAUCAACCAGGAGACCAACGAGAAGGUCGCCAUCAAGAAGAUAAACAACGUCUUUGACAACCGCCUGGAUGCGCUGAGGACGCUGCGCGAGCUGAAGCUCCUUCGGCACCUGCGCCAUGAGAAUGUCAUUGCCUUGAAGGAUAUAAUGAUGCCGAUACAUAGGAGGAGCUUCAAGGAUGUCUACUUGGUCUCCGAGCUCAUGGACAUGGAUCUGCAUCAGAUAGUCAAGUCGUCUCAGCCGCUGUCCAAUGACCACUGCCAGUAUUUCCUUUUUCAGCUGCUCCGAGGACUGAAGUACCUUCAUUCAGCGGGGAUACUCCAUAGAGACCUGAAGCCUGGGAACCUUCUGGUCAAUGCGAACUGUGACCUGAAGAUCUGUGACUUUGGUCUGGCCCGCACAAAUAACACUAAAGGUCAGUUUAUGACAGAAUACGUUGUCACCCGCUGGUACAGAGCUCCCGAGCUGCUACUCUGCUGCGACAACUAUGGCACUUCCAUAGAUGUCUGGUCUGUUGGCUGCAUCUUUGCUGAGCUACUUGGCCGCAAGCCGAUCUUUCCAGGAACUGAGUGCCUUAAUCAGCUUAAGCUUAUAGUCAAUGUUCUUGGCACCAUGAGCAAGGCUGAUCUCGCGUUCAUUGACAACCCAAAAGCUGGCAACUACAUUAAAUCCCUUCCAUACACCCCGGGGAUGCCCCUCAGUAUCAUGUACCCGCACGCGCACCCUCUUGCCAUUGAUCUGUUGCAGAAGAUGCUUGUCUUCGACCCUUCCAAGAGGAUCAGUGUCACCCAGGCUCUGGAGCACCCCUACAUGUCCCCGCUGUAUGAUCCCAGCGCAAACCCUCCUGCUCAGGUGCCCAUCGAUCUCGACAUAGAUGAAAACAUUGGCACAGAUAUGAUCCGAGAAAUGUUGUGGCAGGAGAUGCUCCAGUACCACCCUGGGGCCGCCAGGAUGGUGAAUAUGUGACAAGCAGGAAUGAACAUGUGAGAGCAGUGUGCCACACCAGGGCCUUCACAUGUUCAUUCUUCGUAUAAAGCUUUAAUGCAAUUAUCACAAUGCCGUCGAGUGACCUGUUUAUGUAAAUAUGUGUACAAUAAACGGCGUAUGGAUUUCUCUAGCUGUGGGUCAGUACUUGGUAGUAUAUACAUAGACUACUGUGUUGUAGAAGCGGAAUUCGGUUAUGAAGAAGCUUGUGUAAGUUGUAAUCUUCUUUUUUUUUCCCUGAUUGUAAGUUUGUAAUCUUAGACACUACUCUAUGUAUAUGGACUACUGUAUUGUAGAAGCGGAAUUCGGUUAAUUAAGAAUUGGGUUAUGAAGAAGCUUGUGUAAGUUGUAAUCUUCUCUUCUCCCCAUGAUUGUAAGUUGUAAUUUUAGAAGCUGCUCUA